AUGUCCGGUGUUCUGCACAGCUGCUCCAGGACUCUGUGGAUCCCCAUCUGCUCCAGGACCCUCGUCUUGUUCCCUCUCUUCCUCCUGGUUCCUCUGUCUUUCUGGACUCCCACCGACGGAGCAGUACAGUCCAGUUUCCGCAGAUUGAGCGGCAGAGAGAAGAAAGAAAUGCAGAAGGAGAUAUUGUCCAUUUUGGGGUUGCCAGGACGCCCCAGGCCACACCCCCUGCGGCCCCCCUCCUCUGCGCCCCUGUUCAUGCUGGACCUGUACCACGCCAUGUCUGCGGAGGGUGAGCAGGAGGGGAACGAGGUGCUGCUGGGAGGCCUGGGGCUGGGACGGUUCGGGAACGUGGAUAAACUGUCACAGGUGAACUUGGCGGCGCUGCCCACGCUCAGCUCGCACACGCCGCCACUGGGGACCGUGGUGACGGACGCAGACACCGUCAUGAGCUUCGUCAACCUGGUGGAGCAGGAGCGGGACCUGCUACAGCCACGUCCGUACUGGAAGGAGUUUCGCUUCGACCUGACGCCACUGCCUCAGGGCGAGACGGUGGCGGCGGCAGAGUUCCGGAUCUACAAGAGUCUGACGCUGGGACAGAGGGCCAACCGCACCCUGCACAUCUCUGUGUACGAGAUCCAGAGGGACAACAGGAUCAGAGAGCCGGAGCUGGUGCUGCUGGACAUGCAGUCGACCCCCGCGGGGCAGGAGGGCUGGCUCGCCUUUGAUGUCACCUCAGCUGCAAACCACUGGCUCCUGCACCCCCGCAGUAACCUGGGCAUCCGGCUUUAUGUGGAGACAGAGGAGGAUCGCUCGCUCUCGGCCGGUUGGAUCGGUUUGGUGGGCCGCAGAGGGCCUCGCUCCAAACAGCCGUUCAUGGUGACGUUCUUUAGAGAAAGUCAGGUCCCGUGUCGACCUCCGAGAGCCGUCAGGCCGCAUCAGAGGCGCAGGAAACCCAAACCAGACCUGCCCAUGCCCAGCAUCCACAACCACACUCCAGUGAACACCGGCGCCCCCUGCCAGAAACAUGAGCUCUACGUCAGCUUCAGUGACUUGGGCUGGAAGGAUUGGGUGCUGGCGCCCACGGGAUACUUGGCGUAUUACUGUGAUGGAGAGUGUUUCUAUCCUCUGGGCUCCUGCAUGAACGCCACCAACCACGCCCUCAUCCAGCAGGUGGUGCACCUGCUGAAGCCCACAGAGGUCCCCAAAGCCUGCUGCGCUCCCACCAAACUCAGCCCCAUCUCCGUCCUGUUCUACGACGACAACAACAACGUGAUCCUCAAGAAACACCGCAACAUGGUGGUAAAGAGCUGCGGCUGCCUAUAG